AUGGAACCAGAAGGAGACGAUUUUAAUCCAAAUGAACCUUACACUCAUCGUUUACGUAGAAUUCUUGAAGAAUAUCCAGAUGGUUCACAAGUACUUCGUGAAAUUCUUCAAAAUUCAGAUGAUGCUAAAAGUACUGAACAAAUUUUUAUUUUGGACCAUAAUACGUAUUCGUCCAAUAAAUUAUUUAAACCAGAAUUGCGAAGAUUUCAAGGUCCCGCGCUUUUAGCAAUAAAUAGUGAAACUUUUAAGGAAAGAGAUUUUAGUUCCUUGUUAAAACUUGCUGAUAGUGAAAAACGUGACCAAUUUGAUAAAAUUGGAGUAAUGGGUGUCGGGUUUAAUUCAAUUUAUCAUAUCACUGAUUCUCCUACGUUCAUUACUGGUGAUAAAUACGUUAUUCUUGAUCCACAUAAAUGGUAUUAUAAUGGUGGAAAAAGUUUCAACUUUGUUGAAAAAAAUUUGGCCGAAAGUUAUCGUGAUCAAUUUGAUCCUUUCAUAAUCCCGUGUAAUGAGUCUAGUACUAGUCCAUUUAAAAAACCAUUUAAAGGCACUAUCUUUCGUUAUCCUCUUCGUGAUAAUGAUCAAUCGGAUAUUUCUAAAAAAAUUUAUAAGACACAAGAAAUCUUGGAAAUGUUUCAUAGGUUU